GGUAGUUAGAGACUAGUCAUUGGGAUGUCAAGUAUAGCAUAGGGAAUAUAGUCAAUAAUAUUAGAAUCACCAUGUAAGGGAUUAGAUGGAUAAUAGAUGUAUUGAGGUAAUCACUUCAUACAUUAUAUAAAUGUCUAGUCACUAUGUUGUACAUCUGAAACUAACAUAAUAUUGUAUGUUAACUGUCAUUGAAAAAUUAAAAUUAUUUUUAAAAAUCCCUGAAAAUUAAAUUUGAAGCCACGUAGAUAAUCUAGAAGCCAUUGAAGUAUCUAACAGAAUGUCUCUUCAACCCUUCUGAUUUAGGGAAUUGAAAAAGGGACCCUCAAAAAUGCUAGGUUUACCAUGAGAAAUGUCGUGAUUCGAUGUUUCUUCUGUGGAUCCUUGACGUUUGGGAUCUGCGCCGCUCUGUUAUUUCUAUGUUUUCACUAUUAUCAUGUGAGCAAAUGGCAGGAGCAAACCCGGGAGGGUACCUCAGUGCUGUUCCUUGAUGAAAAACUGCAACAGCCCAUUAGCCGUGGCUCAUGGGAAACACCAACACCACACGCGAGCGUUCAAAGGCCUAACGAAGAUGAAACGAAAGAACAGAGGCCACUUUUAAAAUUAAAUAAGGAUUUUAACUAUACAGACCUAGAAGCUGUUCAUGGAUAUUUGAAAUAUGGAUUUAAUGUUGUUAUCAGUAAAAGUUUGGGCAAAGAGAGGCAUGUGCCAGAUACCAGGAAUAAAAUGUGUCGUACAAAACACUACCCAGCCAGACUACCGACCGCCAGCAUUAUCAUUUGUUUCCACAAUGAAGAAUUUAAUGCCUUGUUUCGAACAGUGUCCAGUGUCAUGAUGCUCACACCACACCGUAUCCUUGAAGAAAUUAUUUUGGUUGAUGACAUGAGUGAAUUUGAUGAUUUGAAAGGAAAACUAGACUAUCACCUAGAAAUUUUUCGGGGAAAGAUUAAAUUAAUAAGAACCAAAAAGAGAGAGGGACUGAUUCGAGCGAGGCUGAUUGGAGCGUCUCGUGCUUCAGGGGAAGUUCUCGUGUUCCUGGACAGCCACUGCGAAGUGAACAAAGUAUGGCUGGAGCCCUUGCUGGCUGCCAUCCGGGAGGACCACAGAAUGGUGGUGUGCCCUCUGAUAGAUGUCAUUGACUAUAUGACCCUGGAAUACCAGCCCUCUCCUGUUGUGAGAGGCGCUUUCAACUGGUACCUACAAUUUAAAUGGGAUAAUGUUUUUUCUUAUGAGGUGGAAGGACCAGAAGGACCCACUAGACCCAUCCGGUCCCCUGUAAUGGCUGGAGGAAUUUUUGCUAUGAAACGGCAUUAUUUUAAUGAGCUUGGACAGUACGACAAAGGCAUGAACUUCUGGGGAGGGGAAAAUUUGGAACUUUCACUAAGGAUCUGGAUGUGUGGAGGCCAACUCUUCAUACUGCCCUGCUCUCGAGUUGGACAUAUUAAUAAGCAACACAACGUAGACCAAACUAGAGUUAUCAGAGCUGUGAUAUAUAACAACCUCAGACUGGUGCAUGUUUGGCUGGAUGAAUACAAGGAGCAGGUUUUUUUACGAAGACCUAGUCUGAGAUCCAUUCCCUAUGGAAACAUUAGUGAGCGUGUUGAAUUAAGGAAACAAUUGGGUUGCAAGUCAUUUCAGUGGUAUUUGGAGACUGUCUUCCCAGAAUUGGAGGCAUCUAAUGGCAGCCGCUGAAAGGAAAACAAAUCAUCUUCAUUUAUAAAGGAUUACAAAGUCCUCUGGUCCCUCAACAUAAAGAAAAGUACAAAUUUGGAACAUCAUGAUAUUCUGUGAAAUGCACUAAGAAAUACAACCAAAGUA